AUGGGUGACGCUGGUUUCUUUCGUGGUACCAGCUCAGAUCAGGACGGUCGAUUCUCUGACAAGGAAAAGAAGUUGCUCAAGCAGAUGAAAUUCGAGGAUACAUUGGAUCGGAAGAUCAAUAUGGACAAAAUCAACUUGGACGUCAUAAAGCCGUGGAUAACGUUGCGAAUCAAUGAAAUUCUUGGAAUCGAAGAUGACGUCGUGAUCGAAUACAUAAUGAGUCAAUUGGAGGAGAAGAAUAUAAACCCUAAAAUCAUGCAAAUAAAUAUAACGGGUUUUCUGAACGCGAGACGUGCGCGAGAGUUUAUGGGUGAGUUGUGGAUGCUAUUGGUUGAGGCAGACGAAUCUGAAGAUGGCAUUCCACAAAGUCUUAUUGAGAAGAAAAUCAACGAAAUGCGCAAAGAACCACGUAAGGCUUACGAUGAUAAGGAAAAAGAGCGAGGGCGAGAUCGCGAUCAACGUCGUCAGCAGAGGAUAGAAGAAGACAAGAAAAGAGAAGCCGAAUCAAAGAGAAGAGAAGAAGAAAGAUUAAAAAGACGGGCAGAAGAAAGGGAAAGAGAGAAACGAAAAGAAGAGGAGCGCGCAAGAGAAAGAGAGCGUCGUAGAGCCGAGGAAAGAGAACGUGAGAAGCGUAGAAGGCGAAGCAGGACUAAAUCUCGAUCACCGGCAAGGAGACGUUUCACUGAGGGAUCUUCGAGUAGCAAGCGCAAACGAAGCCCAAGUCCUUCCGACUCUGAAGAAGAUUUAAAAAGGAAGAAGAGAAAGAAGCAUUCACGUCGAUACAGCGAUGACGAUUCCGAUUAUGAAAGAAAACCAAAGAAGGAGAAGAAGUCUAAAAAGCACAAGAAGGAAAGGAGAAAGAAAGACAGAAAGAGGUCUCCCACUCCUAGCAGCGAUUCACUGAGCGACACCGAAUAG